AUGUCGGAAAAUUGCGCACUCCGGCGAGCUAACGUUCUCGCUAAUCACAUACUCCAGUCACCUCCUCAGCCUUCGAACAUCUCCCUCGCGCGCGAGGCAUGCUUGCAGUACACUCCACCGGAGGUCAACGAGAGCUAUGGCUUCCAAGUCAAGGAGAUGAGAAAACUCCUCGACGGACACAACUUGGAGGACAGAGACUGGCUUUACGGGAUCAUCAUACAGAGCAAUCUGUUCAACAGGAAGAUAAGAGGAGGCAAGGUGUUCGUGUCGCCUGAUUACAAUGAGACCAUGGAGCAGCAGCGCGAGAUCAGUAUGAAGCGGAUCUUGCACUUGCUGGAGAAAGGUGUCUUUAAAGGAUGGUUAACGGAGACAGGUCCUGAAGCUGAGCUCAAGAAGUUUGCUCUCUACGAGGUUUGCGGGAUGUAUGAUUACUCCCUAUCCGCCAAACUCGGUGUUCAUUUCUUGUUAUGGGGUAAUGCUAUUAAGUUCUUUGGGACAAAGAGGCAUCAUGAGAAGUGGCUGAAACACACUGAAGAUUAUCUUGUCAAGGGCUGCUUUGCAAUGACUGAGUUAGGCCAUGGAAGUAAUGUGAAGGGAAUUGAAACAGUGACUACUUAUGACCCAAGAACUGAGGAGUUUGUGAUAAACACUCCUUGCGAAUCUGCUCAGAAGUACUGGAUCGGUGAGGCAGCUAUUCAUGCAAACCAUGCAAUUGUCAUUUCUCAGCUUGAGAUAAACGAAACCAACCAAGGGAUUCAUGUAUUUAUAGCUCAGAUCCGAGAUCAAGAUGGGAACAUAUGUCCAAACAUCCGCAUUGCUGACUGUGGCCACAAGAUUGGUUUGAAUGGUGUUGACAAUGGCCGGAUAUGGUUUGACAAUCUUCGGAUCCCAAGAGAGAAUCUACUGAACUCAGUCGCUGAUGUUUCACCUGAUGGAGAGUAUGUUAGCGCUAUUAAAAAUCCUGAUCAGAGAUUUGGAGCAUUCUUGGCCCCUUUGACCUCUGGUCGUGUCACCAUUGCUUCAUGUGCAAUUUACUCUGCAAAGGUGGGAUUAGCUGUUGCUAUAAGAUACUCACUAUCAAGAAGAACCUUCUCUGCUGUAGCCACUGGUCCUGAAGUGCUCCUUCUUGAUUAUCCAAGCCAUCAAAGACGACUUUUACCACUCCUUGCAAAGACAUAUGCUAUGAGUUUUGCGGCAAAUGACAUGAAGAUGAUGUACGUGAAGAGGACACCUGAGACCAACAAAGAGAUUCAUGUUGUCUCAAUGGGACUAAAAGCUCUUCUCACCUGGCACAAUAUGCGAACCCUUCAGGAAUGUCGUGAGGCUUGUGGAGGGCAAGGUGUGAAAACAGAGAAUCGAGUUGGUCAUUUAAAAGGCGACUACGAUGUGCAGACUACAUUUGAAGGUGACAAUAAUGUUCUGAUGCAGCAGGUAAGCAAGGCACUUUUUGCUGAGUAUGUGUCGUGUAAGAAGAGGAACAAACCUUUCAAAGGAUUGGGAUUGGAACACAUGAACAGUCCUCUUCCUGUAUUGCCUACUCAACUCACAUCUUCUACCCUCAGAUGUAGCCACUUCCAGAAAAAUGUAUUCUGCUUAAGAGAGCGAGAUCUUCUAGAAAGAUAUACUUGUGAAGUUGCAGAGCUUCAAGAGAGAGGAGAAAGCAGAGAGUUGUCCUUCCUCUUGAGUCAUCAACUUUCUGAAGAUCUAAGUAAAGCUUUCGCGGAAAAAGCAAUCCUACAAGCCGUUUUGGAUGCUGAAGCCAAACUGCCUGCUGGCUCCAUUAAGGAUGUAGUGGGUCUUGUAAGAUCAAUGUACGCAUUGAUAUGCAUGGAAGAAGAUCCAUCGUUCUUGAGAUAUGGUUACCAUUCAAGGGACAGUGUUGGAGAUGUGAGGAGAGAAGUUUCUAAGCUUUGCAUAGAGCUUAGACCACACGCGCUUGCCCUUGUCACUUCAUUCGGAAUACCAGACGCGUUUUUGGGACCGAUUGCAUUUAACUGGAUCGAAGCCAACGCUUGGUCUUGA